GCUUUUCUUUCUUUUCCACUGUGACUGUAAUGCUCUGCACGAUGGGACGUAAUAAACCAAAGGGCGAUUUCUGCAGGUGAGGCAGUGGGGCUGCGUGUGGAUGCGGCCACAGAGCCUGCAAUGUGUGCGGAGCCACCCAGCAGCCCUGAGCUACCACAGCACGUGGGGGUCCAGUGGAAUGCUCUGUUGCAACUGGAGAUUACAUUGCUGCCUCCCUUGGCCCAACGGCAGCCACAGUCAUGGAUAAAUGAGACUGAGAACAGGCGACUGCUGGAAAGGAAUGGCUUCUGGUUCUUAUGUCAGAACAAGAAGAUGAGAGCGGGCACUGCCCCUGGCCCAGCACUGGGUCACACUGGUUGAAGCAGAGCAUCCACACCUGCUCUCCUUACAGCUUUGUCUGUGGAAAACAUAAUUGCAGCGCAGAGAAACUGAAAUUGCAGACUUUUUCGGUCUGGGCCUCAUGGGUUGCAAUGACAGAGCCAUCCAUUAAGCUUCUGAGGACAGAAGAAAGAAUAUGCCAGAAAACCACUGUCCAGAAGAUGACUUCAUAGCAUUUCUUAGCCAGCCAACCCUCCCUGAAGUCUGAGUGCAUGGGAGCUCUCCUGGAGCUCUCGUGGAAGUUUGGGGAUGGCUGGCUCUGAUCUGUGGGUGCUGCUGGUUUGGGCUGUCUGCUAAAAUAUGUGGGAACUGCUUAUCCAUCAAGGAGAAAGUCUUCCAAGUGUGUCCCCAUGUAUUCAAGACUUGUCGUCUCUCUGUACUCAGUCAAGUAGGGGCAGAAAAUGUAGUUCUAUGGCCUUAAUUCUUUUAAACUUAUUGGGAGGGUAUGAGUGCGAAGGGAACAAGAGCUUUGCAAUUGGUUUGAGUUGUCUUUUAUGUUUUCUUGGAUGUUAGAAGAUCUGGUCCAUACACACGUGUAAAAAUCAACAAUUGUUUCUUCUCUCUGAAAUUAUGAGGUCAUCAGACCUUCUGGUUUAGUGCUGUUCAGUGUUCUGCCUUCUGUUCUUGGAUAACACAUUUUGGGUAUUAAGCGAGCUUGAUCAAGCUGAAAAAAGAAGGAAAAUUGUGAUGAAGGAAGAAGAGCUGGAAUGGGAAAGUCUGGAAAGGUGUGUUUUGGGGAUGAAGUAGUGAUUUCUGACAAGAGAACUGUUUGGCGUUCAGCAGAUUAGGGAGUAAGGAUGAUGGAAGUCAGGAUACAUUUUUGAGGCUGAAUGAGGAAAGUCAGUGAAUUGAGGACAAUGGAGAAGAAUGUGGCGGGUGACUGCUCCGAUUAAAAGGUCAGACUCUGUUGGAUGCUCAAAAAAAGGUCUCUCACAGGGCUGUGGAGAAUUGCCAAACCUGAUCUUCCUCAUUAAAUCAUUGGUCAGAGAUCAGACCCUGGCUCUUGGGCCCAGAAGCAUUUUAUUUGGGUUGCAGUCUUCUGUCAGCCAAAUUCAAGUGGGAUUCCAGUGGCAAACGUUCCUGUCCACAGUGACGGUGCUGGGAAGGGCUGUGCCAGCCCAGAGGGUAUCAAAAUGUAUUGUUUUCAUCCCCUUCUGAAUUACUCAGGACACUUCUCAUGGCUCCAGAAAGCCAAAAGUCUGUGUCUGUGGCUUUUACAUGAAACUCAUUUCUCAAACAGUGGUGACGUUUAUUUCUGUGCGCUUGAGAGGCACCAGCCACAUCCCAAUCCCAUUUCAGCUCUGUCUCAAUAACGCCCAGCGCUUUGACUUUCUUCCCACUGCGUGUCUGUAAGGCAGCCUUGUUUGGUUUGGGUGCAUGAUCUCCCCAGCAGCCCCCAGGCAGCAGCCUGUGUGAUAACCCUGGGAAUGGCACUGGGUGGGGAAUGUGGUACUUUAGAAAACACUCAUUAGCAGAUGUGUUUUCCAGUUGGCUGAUGAGAAUGUUGCAGGUGGUACCUUCAUAUGCUGCUCUCCUACAAGGCAAGUUUGAAACCUAAAGUUGAAAGUUCAGUAUUGUAAAGUAGAGGGGCAAAAGAAAGGCAGUGCAUCUAUUUGGAAAAAAGGAAAGCUGGGAAAGGCUUGCAGGGCUGCUGGCACAAGGAUGGGCUGUGCUUUUGUGGCUGUGCCGUCCUUCUCCUUCCCUCACCCUUCUGGCAGUCGUGUGAAAGUGGCAGAAUCUGAAGACUGCAGACAUCCGUCUGGAAUUGCUGGAUAUUACAGAGCCUGGUCAGAGGAACAGCUCCUGCUGAGACGUGAUGCGUCUGGGAAGCAGAGAUGCAGUCAGUGGGAAUGUGUGGGUCAUCCACAUGGUGUGCCCAUGGGUUUGUGUGCAGGAAGUCCUGGAUGGGGCUGCGGGAGCCCCCAGGGAGCCGCUGCACAGUGCUGCCCGUGGAGCCAGGAGCCAUUCAAUCUGGUGGCCCACAGAACAGCUGGAUCAGGUGCUGAAGACUGUGCAAGUGAUUGGAAUCUGAAGAAUUUUGGCUAAUAUUUACACGAAGUGUUUACCCUUUGAUAAGAAGCAGGUCAUUCACAAACACGUACAUGGCACAACGCUGGGAGGGCUUCAUCCUGGGCAGCUCCGGGUGUGCUGGAGCUCACAGAACUGCAUGGGAGCACGUGGCUGAGGAUGGUGCUGUUCUGAGGCCGUCUGCUCUGCAGGUGAUGUGGGCAACCUGGGGUAACAGCACAGGUGGUGCAGUCUGACUGUGCUCUGUGCCAGCACCACCGCUCUCUCAUCUGCUUUUCCCCUUCUGUGGCUUCAGGAAACCUCCAGUUUUUGUUUCACCAGAUUUCUAAGGUUUUUAUUUCUUGAAAUUCUUCAACGUGUUGUGAUGAAAAGGAUGGGGAACUUCAGCAGCAGCUGUUGAUGUUUGUUGUGUCACCCCUUUACCAAGGAGAGACUAAUACACAGCUGCAUGUUAGAUGAUGUUAGAAGAGGGAGAGGGAACCUCACAGUGUGUCCUCGGGUCAAUUUCUGACUGCAAUUUCUGGAAGAACACAGCAGAAAUUCCAACCUUGUGGCGUUACGCUCCUUUCAUUUCUCAGAAACUCGUUAAUUUAUUUACUGUGCCCCACAAGUCCAAGUUCUCUUUAUAGAUUAACUGGUGUAUUUUGGCUUCCAUCCAUCUCUUCCUUUGGUGGAAGAUGAAUGAUACCAUGACUGUCUUUGAAACAGGGCAGGAAUGUGGUGUUUUUUGAUUAAACAGCAGCAUCAGCCCUGGGAUCUGUCUGUCUGCCAGCCCUGCGAGGCCCCCUGCUCUGUGUGCUGUCAGGAACAGAGGAUGGAAAUCUGAGUCCAACCUCUGUGAUGAAGACAGACGUGCAGAACUGCAGUAGGAUCUGGAAACCAUUUGCCUUUCUCCAGGAGGAGCAUCGCUAUGGAGGAGCUCAUUUCUGAAGGCCCUUGGAGCUGUUUAUUUGUUUGCCUUCUUUUAAUAACUAAUUGAUCCUUACAGCUGAUCUAAAUGGGAGUUCCUAAACGCAGCCACUGGCCUGUCAGGCUCACUGGGUUGGGUUUCCAUUGGGAUUUGUACCACCUGUGUGCACAUCAGAGGGGUGUAAAGCUGCAGAAGCAGCUGGGGGGGUCACACACAGCAUGGCCACCUCCUGCAGCCUGCUGGUGCCCCUUACAUGGCUGCCUGCAGAGAUCCCAUUUCUCAGAGUAAACCUGUGUGUGUUGUGUAAGACUCAGAGUAAAUGUCAAGUGCUGCUAAUGAACAUGGGCUGCUUUCUCGACUCCACAAGAGUUCUGUAUUUGUUGCAUGUGAACUUUAUUCUGGUGCCUCUGGAAUGUUGGCAGGGCAGGUCCUAAAAUCAGGCAUAAAAGCAUUUGCCUGCUGUUUGAAAUCUGUGAUUUGUUACUGACCACAGAACCCCUCUCCCAGGUACCACUGGUCUCCUCAAGGCACUUGCUGUAAGGCUCUGGGAAGGGUCUUCCAGAAUAGGUAUUUUUGAGCAUGGAUUGACAUGGCAUGGAAGUUCACUUCAACAGGGCAUCGUUUACAUCCUGUUCGUUUGGUUCUUGCUCCCCUGAGAAGCAAUGGAAGGCUCAGAGGAGCAGGGCUCUGGGGGGCUAAUAGGGCUGAUGGUCAUCAUGAUUAAUUCCCAUUUGAUCGUUCUUCUGGGCUAAUCCCUGCGCUACUGUCCACAUGUUCUGUAUGAGAGCUUCUGAACAGAAAUACUGAACAGAGGUGCUGGCAGGGUCAGGUGCACUCUGCGUGUUGUAAUUGCAGCAUUGUGUUUGCCAAACCUCCUGCUGUUCAGAGGAGGGCUGCGUUGAUCCAGCUGAGAGCUGGGUGCCGACCCAUGGCUGUGAGCAUCUCCCAAAGCACAGCUCUGCAUCCCUUGGGCUUUUCAUGGAGCCCUUUCUGUGCUGUGUUUGGGUACCUCUGGGAUCAGGGAGCAUCUGAGCUGGAAUUUCAACAUCUCAGAUUUAUUUGUAGGUAGACUCAGAAUCAGGCUCUGAUUUUGUCCCUUGGUAUUUGCAGUCAUAACGAGAAGGUGUCUUCCAGUUGCAUGCAGCCUUACAUUUAGUGAAGAUCUAGAGAACUCUUGUUAUUAAAAACUUAGUUGUUGUUUUGCAGUAAAGGAAUUGAUGGUUUCAAGAUCCCUGUACCUACUGAAGCUAUGUAGCUUCUCUGAACAUUGUUUUCUAGUUCUCAUUUUCAACAGGUGUGUGAUGCUAACUGCCUGCUCUCCCUGAGUGCCACCAUCCUCCCACCCACUCUCUUUCACCAUUCUUUUUUUCUCCUUUCCAUGUUAGGAUCCUGUAAAUAUUGUUGAAAUGUGGCUGCAGUGCAAAAUGGGCUUUUCCAACAACGUGGGUGUAGAUAUCUAAUUGAACAGAUUCCUGGAAAGCCUUCCCCAUGGCUGUAUCUGAGAACGAGACAGAGAGAUGGCCUCGCAGGCACGGCGGUGGAAUAGGAGCACUGAUGGAGCCCACAGCUGCUCCUGACAGCAGCCGUCUGUCCCCAGUGCCAUCCCUUGGCAGCACAGACCACAUCCUGCACCUCCCUGGGCGAGCAGACUCUGCGUACAGCUCUUUCUCAGGGGGUUCAAAUGUUCCAGAGUAUCACACCCCAUCGUGUUAUGAAGCAGACUGCUGUUCAGCUUCAGAGCAGGUACCGUACAUGGACUCGGAAUACGUAAGAGGCAUUUAUAACCUCAGCGCAGCAAGCUCUGCUCUCAGAUGCCUGCAGCCGUGCCAGGCACCAGCCCAGGGCAUCCCUGCUUCCUCUCACAGCCCUGCUCUUGCUGAGUGCAGCAGUGGCACUCCUUCCCAUGGGACGCUGGACCAGGGACUGCUGCCUCCGGCUGCACCUCCGCCCUCUCCUCCCAUGCGACUCGACAGCUACAGAGUCACCAGACACCUGGAAAGCACAAAGGGGAAAGGGAGGCGGAACUCUGGAGGUCUCAGUGAGUGCAUUGUGCAGCAGUCUGCUCCUUGCAUGGACAGCCAGCUGGUGAGUGCAUUGCAUGGCCAAACAGGGGCUGGAAGCGGUGAGCCAGCUGUAGUGGCAGCUAGGAGAAGGGCUCUGGAAAAUAAGGGUCCUUCUGGUUCUGCAGAUGGAAUAUCUGUAUCAAAACUUCAGGGGUUAAAGGCAGAAGAAAAUGGAGAGUGGAGCCCAUCCCAAAAGCCUGUGAGGAGAAGUAAUCCCCACGUUUACAGCAGGCCAUCUUCCUUCAUUUUUCAAGAGUAUUUGAAGACUGAUUCCAUGGCUAACAUCCCUAAAAUUCUGUCUGCUUACGGUUCAGCUCACAUGCACAGUGUUUCUGAAGAGGUGAAGCCCAGGCCCUACACAUGUGCACACAGCAGCCCUGGUGCUGCUGGUGAUGCAGGAGGGGGUGAACUGUGCCCAUGCAGUGCACACCGGGCAGUGCUCGGGGAUGCAGAGCUGCAAAGCCGAUGGAAGGGAUCCCCACUGUGCGCUCAGUGCCCGCUCCGUGCUGAGCUGCCUCUGAACGUGGGUCAGGAGGUGUUUGAGGACAUUUGUGACUUGAAAUGUACGGAGAAUGCUCUCCUUAUAAAAAAUGCAUCCAGGAAGUUCAGCAUCUGUACAGAUAAAAAUGGGUGCUAUGACUACAAAGGAGAAAUUGGGAGUGUUGUUAGGGAACCGCUUCUGAACCCACCGGGCAAAAUGCAGAAAUCGCCUCUAUCCUGCAGCAGUGAUGCUGUAGAAUUGGAGCAGCCUCCCUCUGGGAAGUUGGAUCAUGGCAAUAAGCAGUGCUGUGAUAAUACUGAGCAAAUGGCUUUUCUUAGAUCAAAGGAAGAUUCCUCAUCACAGCCUGUAAAUGAAGGUUGUGCCAAUAGCAGCAGUCCUGGCCUUAAUGUGCAGCUAGAGCAAGAGCAACCUCCUGUUCCUUAUCAGAAAUGUCAGCCUGGACUUCAGCAAGAGCUCUUAAGACAGGCACUGUAUGAUCCUGCCGGUGAGCAAAUAACCAGACAGACAACUCCGAUGCUUUAUUACCUGUCUGGGGGAAGGGCUGCCAACGCCACACACCACACUAAGCUCACACAAUGUCCAGAGGGUGUGAGGAGCUCACCAAAGGGAUUUGCAACAAGCAGCCACGCUGCCUCAGCAUGGAGCACAGAGAUGCAGAGGGAAAGCAGUCAGCCCCGAAAGGCUGAGCAUCGCCAGCACUGUGCCAACGGGGAUCCCCUGAACGAGGCUGAAGACAUCGCUCUCGGGACUCCUGCUUCAUCCGUGGAGGAGAGUUCUAAGAAUGACUACAGAGAGAAACUUAAAGUGGCUCAGAAAAAGGUUCUGAGAGAAACUUCCUUUAAAAGAAAAGACUUACAAAUGAGUUUGCCUGUUAGACUGAGACAAAAGCCCUCCAAAAGGCCUUCAAUUGAGCACCUUAGAUCUUUCUCAUUGUCCAAUGCAAACGAAGAUUCCAAACCUGCUCCUUGUUCUGCUUCUCACCUAGAAUCCUUGGAAGGUUUCAAUAAAGACACAGAAAUUAAGAGGCCUCAAGCAGGUCGAUUAGGGGGAAGGAAAAGGUUGACAAAAGAGGAAAAGAAACUGUGUUAUUCUGAACCUGAGAAACUCAAUCUGCUGGCAGACAAGGAAGUCCAGGGGAGCAGAGGCAGCGAUGAGAGCACCGAGCAGGAUAUGGCCACAGCCAGGAGAAGGACUUCAGAGAGCAGAGGCAGGGCUCUUUCCAGUUCGAGCAUCUCCAGGACGGAGCUGAAGCAAAUCCAGCACACUGCACUGAUGGAGUACAUGGAACGGAAGAUCAGUCAGAGACCAGGCAGCACGCAGCACACCCCACUCCAUAAACUGCCCCUGCAGACGGGGCCUUCGCAUCCUAAAUGGCCUCCUGGCAGGAGCUCUAACCUCGGUGAGAGCAGAAAGGCACCAAGCAAUGAUGCUUCCUGCCAGGUGUUCUCUGAAGAAGCAGCACCAGAUGUUUUCCCUCCUUCCUCACCUGUUCCCUCACCAGACGCAGACGGUGGAUGCAGGACGGUGCCAGCAAAGCCCAGCCUGCAUCCUGCAGCACCGGAUUGCAGCUGCAGCACCGAGUGUGUGUCUGUGCACAGCAUCCCUCUGUCGGGUGCUGCUGCCCAGGGGAGGGAAGUGGAGCAUCCUUCCAUGCAGCUGCAUGGUCUGAGCGCCGCCUGUAUCGUGUGCUGCUCUCAUUUCCAGGCUGCAGACAGAUGUGCCAGCUGUGCAGUGCCACCAGCCCAGCCUUGUGGAAACCACAUCAGCACCCCCAGUUCCCAUGAUCCCAGGGGAGACGGAUGCCAGAACCACGAAGAUCAAGACAGUGUUGUUGGAAGCUCUCUGUGUCAGCACAGUGAGGAGCCAGCUGCCAGCAGCUCUAUCCCCAGCCCAAGAAAAGGAAGCAGGGAUGAUGCUCAAAUAGAAAAGAAAAGCAGAAGUGGAUCUCAGACUGGCAGUGCUUUAACGAUGUGCCCGGAGCUGCAGCCGAAGGCAAGCAGUGCUGCGGCUGCUGAGGAGAAUGUGGCAAGCUGCCUUGUGCUGCCAGCUCAGCCUCAGCAAGGAGAUGGAGGUGCAGUCCCAGGUCGGGGUGCAAAGGAAGCAGCUGCACACAGUGGCUGUGAUCUGCAGGAGGGCGAGACGGACCUGCCCCAAAGGAGGCUGUGCUCUCCUGAGGACCGGCGUUACGAGGAGCUUGCGAUGGCUCUCAUUGCCAAAGACAGCUCUCUGGUUGAUGUCCUCAUGCCUUAUCCUGUUAGAAAAACUGCUCUGGACUUGAUGGAGGGUCUUUUCCCUGUUAACAUUUCCGUGUUGGAAAUGCACAGAAGGAAGGCAGAUCUGCGACGUGCGCGGGAGAAUGACAGGAAAAGCAGUGGAGAUGUGACAGAAGAAUGUCCUGAGUCUGAACUCACCGUCAAGCAAAGGAGUGAAGAUCCCACUGGGAAGGGAAACUGUGCUCUGGGCAGGAGUGCAGAAGACACGAAGGACCUAGAUGACAUCACGUGUAAGAAGCUGGAGCUCAUCUCCAGCCUUAGGGCCAAAGUGCGGGCGCUGGCAGAGGACAGGGAGCUCAUCCUUGCUGAGGCCAAGGAGUGUGCAGAGCGUGGUGAGGAGCUGGAGGCUGCCGUGCGUGCUGCCUGCAAGCCCAACGAGUUUGAGCGCUACCUGAUGUUCAUCGGCGACCUGGAGAAGGUGGUGAGCCUGCUGCUCUGCUUGUCCAGCCGCCUCGCCCGCGUCCAGAAUGCCAUGAGGAAGAUCGAUGGCAACACAGAUGCUGAGGAGAAGCAAUCGCUGAAUGAACGGCACAAGCUCUUGUCUAGACAACGGGAGGAUGCAAAGGACCUGAAAGAAAACCUGGAUCGCAGGGAGCGGGUGGUGGCUGGGAUCCUUGCCAAAUACCUGACCGACCAGCAGCUCCAGGCCUACAGGCACUUUGUGCAACUGAAGACCUCUUUGUUGAUUGAACAGAGGGACCUCGAAGAACAGAUCAAAUUUUUCGAGGAACAAUUAGAAAAUCUAGAGAAAAGCAUCCCUCUCUAAUAACAGCAGGCUGUCCAUUUGUAUAUGUGAUAUUUGUGAUGUUUUCCUGGGAAUCCAUGGGCGCUCACUGCACAGAGUUUGCGCUCUUGCAAUCCUGCUAGUGCCACAGUAUUGACGGGUGCUUAGAUGCUCUAGGCACAACUGGAUGUGCUUUUCCCCUUGGAUUGGGCAGGUGACAAAAUCCUGUGGUGUAGCAGACUGCACUUUGGGAAUGGCUGCUGGGACAUCUUGCUCCCAUUAAUCUGGUGUGUAUUUCCCCUUCUUGUUGUCUGUCCAUCUGUUUCCAGGUUGACAUAAUCUCAAUAAAAGAACGGCGUAAACGUU